CGCCAUCUCAUGGUUUACUAAUAAGUGAGUCAACUGCUUCAUCCUGCGGUGAAGAUUGGAUGCCGGAAAGAAGUGAAAACAGAACUACAACUACCACAAUGCCUUGCAGGACAUGUGCGGAAAGCCGUUUCCUUGUUGCUAUGGGAGUCUGGAGCUGGAUCGGUGACAGGAAGACCCUGCUUUCUGUUUGGUCUUUCGUGAUGGCGGAGGCGGCGAUUUAGGAAUCAAAACUGCUCCUUCUGGUCGCAGUCGCCAUAGCGGUGGCGUCGUCUUGUUGCCAUGGUGACGAUGGCAUUGCCCGUGGUCCGCUAGCGAUGCUCCAGGAGAGACGGGGCCUGCAGGCGCCUAGGAUGGUGAUGAUGUCGCGCCCCCAGAUCAUCCACAGUGGCCACUUCAUGGUGUCGGAGCCCCACAUCGAGCCCGAGCCUGACCCCGAUCCCGAGGGCGUGCUAGGACCAAGUGGUCCGGUUGUUCCAGGACUUCCGGAGCCAGGGGAAAAGAGCAGCCCUGGGCUGGUUGCAGCCGGGGAGAGCGGUGGUGGGACGCCGAAGGGCUGUGGGACCACCUACGACUUCGACAUGGUGAACGAGGGCACGUGCCAGAUCUACCGUUACGGGCCGCGAAGCACCGGGGCCCUCAACAUCGACAGCUCCCUUACCAAGCUCUUCGAAUGCAUGACGCUUGCCUACAGUGGGAAAAUUGUCUCUCCCAAGUGGAAAACCUUCAAGGGGCUGAAACUGCUGCAACGUGACAAGAUUCGGCUUAAUAAUGCCAUCUGGAGGGCCUGGUAUCUGCAGUAUGUGGAGAAGAGACAAAAUCCUGUGUGCAGUUUUGUGACUCCGUUGGAGUUCAAUGAUGUAGAUGAGCACCGUAAACUUGAGGCUGUCAUUAUGGAGGGAAAGUACUGGAAGCGCCAAAUUGGAGCUGUCAUUAGGGAAUAUCACAAGUGGAGGACAUUCAUCCCCAAGCAGAGGACAUUCUUCCAUACCAGGGCCCAAGAGAAGAUAGAUAAACCUGUUUAUGACCCCAUUCAGCAGGAGGUAGCUGCUGAUGUUUCAGGGGUCCAGCAGUACAAUGAAAUGGCUGGUGGAUGCCCCAUGGAUCUUGACCCUUUGCAUGAUUUGGAUGCACUCCUGGACACCAUCUUCUCCAGCAGGAACCUUUAUGGUGGCUCAAACCUACGUGGUUUUGGCCACCAAGAUAAUGCUGACAUGAUCCAACCCACUUUAACUCAGCUGCACCCUAUAUUUGGAGAGGAGUUUAUGGACACCUUGGACCCAAUUCCAGAUUUUAUCACUUCCUGUCGUCCUCAUCCAACAGUGCAGACUCAGACACUAUUAACGGAUGCUACUACUGCCUUGAGUCAAUGUGAUGCAGAUGUGCCACAUAUUGCCACUGACCUCAAGGAACUUCCAGUACCUGGAGGCUCUCUCAUGCCCAUUCCCAUCUCCCUGAACAUGGAGCCACCUCAACCUAUGAAUGGACAGCAGACAUUCCUGCCACUCUUCCCUACCUCUCCAGUGAGGAUUAGUUCCCCGCCUACUCCUCAGAUCCUGCAUAUCCAGCCUCAAACCACCGUGGUCUUCUCAGUCAUCCCCCACACAGGGUCAGAAAAGCCCUCCUCGUCGUCUUUGUCCACAUCUACAGGCACCUUUGCUGUGCCUACUGCUGCUUCCCCAGCCAAGGGUGGAAGGGGCAGACGGCUACAAUGGAUUGCUCCAGCACCUUCUUCUAGUCAUAAGACAGUACUUCCCAGUACCUCCCUCACCUGCCUGCUUGCAUCUGGUCCAACCUCACUUCCCCUCACUCCAGUCAUGAACUCUACACAAGUGAGAAAACUCUCUUCUGCCAUCUACACACACAAUUGUUUUCCGUAUUCUUAUCUGGCUCCUUUCAUAACCAUAUUUUACCCUCUUCCACAGGUUUGUGGCACCCCAGACCUCCCUGCUAAUGUCAUGUUGAGCUCAGCCUCUGGAACAGAGAGGUCGCCACCUGUUGCUGGUACAGCCUCUCCUGAUGUUGGCUCCAAAGCCAAGGAGACUGAGAACAAGGGUGUCCACAAUCCACCGGAAAUAUCCAGGCGGUGCACUGCCAAGCGAAGCCGAAGAUCCACAUUUGCCUCUUCGGACUAUACCCGGCGUAUGGUCAUCAGCUCUGGGUUUGACACUCUUGCCAGUCUGGUGCUGCCAGGAUCUGAUCAGAGGAGCACAAAGCUUAGCAAAGCGGUGCUUCUGCAGAAGAGCGUGACAUAUGUGGGGAGGCUGCAGCAGGAGCAUCGACAGGCUCGGGCAACAGUGGAAAGAUUGCGCAGUGAAGUCGAAGAGCUGAGCACAGCCAUUGAUGAGUUCCAGCGUCAGCUUCCACCCAGUGGAGUUCCUGUAUUAGCACCACAAUCAGAUCAGCCUUCUCAGCUCUACGAAGAUUAUGUGCGCCUGCGCACCUCACAGGACUGGCGCUUCUGGCUUUUUAGUGUGGUAAUCAAGCCACUGUUUGAGAGCUACACCAGGACAGUGGGCACAGGCAGCAUCAAGGACUUCUGCCAGUCGGUGUUGAGUUGGUUGGAGCAACACUGUACCCUGCCCAUCUUGCGCCCUGCUAUCUCCGGCUCGCUCCUGCAGCUUAGCAAGAUUACAUCCAUACUGACGCAGCCAGCCCAGCUGCCUGAACAAGCUCUGCGGGCCAUCUCUUGUCCUCCACUGGUUCCUGUUAUACAGCCUUAUGCAGCCCCUGAGACUUCCAAGAAUGCCAGUAGCCAGAACUCUAACUCAGGAAUCCCUCUGUCAUGCAAAGCGGAGCACUAGCUUCUGGGACUAGGUAGGGGGUGAGGGUUCAGUUGGUGCUGGCCACCUAACUCCCUCUUUGACACAACAAAAAGUAGACUUAAAACCUCCAGUGGGGGUUGCAGAGUCACAAAACAAGGCUCAAAGUUAUCAGUCCCACUAAAUUCCCUGAGGGGAUGCCAGACCACAUUUCAGUCCUCCGGAACUCAGGAAGUAAGCUACCAAAGAGGUUGGUGUGGUUUCCAUUUUUUCAUUUUUCCCACCAGAGGGCAAUGAUGUUAUUUGAAUAGAGCCUCUCAGUGUCUUUAAAUUGCCCCUGGACUUUAUUUUUUCAGGGUUACCCAGGGAUUUGUAUGACUCAGUGCUCUGUUCCUCAGUAAAUCUGAAUGUUGUAGCCAACAGUUCCUGUUAAGGUUAUUACUUUGCAAUAAGCUUGCAAAUCCCAUGUGCUGUAUACUGGUAGCAAAGUUUACCUAUGCAAAUAUGUAAAUCCAUGGGCACACUUCUAGACACAAAUAAUGGUUUUCCCCAUCUUUCACUCCAGGUCAGAAACUUUAUGUAAAACAAAAUAAAACAGACGUCCAGUGACACCUUACAUUCUAAUAGUAAUUAUAGGGCUGUGGUUUUUUUAUUCUGUAUGUCUACUGGAUUUCUACAGGAUGGAAUCUUGUUUCUUGCACAGAAUUCACCAUUUUGAAAGUCUCCGCUUCCAGGGGGCUGAAAUUAAAAGCCUGAAAAACAUGGGCAGUACAUUUGUAAAAUAGGACUACCUAGAACCGUGGUGGCAAACCUAUGGCACUCCAGAUGUUCAUGGACUACAAUUCCCAUCAGCCCCUGCCAGCAUGGCCUGGUGGGAAUUGUAGUCCAUGAACAUCUGGAGUGCCAUAGGUUCGCCACCACUGAACUGACAAGCUAGGUCUUCAAUAUUACAUAUAGCUACUGUUCCCCAACUUUACAGCUUCAAACUCUGUUCCUUCAGCUGCUUUUUAAAAAUAAAACACUGCAUACCUGUAUCACUUGCAUAAAUGAUUGCAGAUCUAGAGCUUGGAUUAUCCUGAAUUCCUAGACUAGAGUUUUAUUGAGUUGAUAACUGAUAGAACCAAAAGAGCCUACCACACUGUUUCUCACUGUUUAUUAGUAGGUAGAGAGAACUUUUUCUUUUCCAUGGGGUACUCAAAGAGGUUGAUGGACAAUAUUUUCAGGAUGGGUAAACUUAAGUACUGUUUUACUCAAUGAGUAAUUCCAUUGUGGAAUUCAUUGUAAUGGGACAUAUUGAUUACCUGGCUUUAACCGGGGUUAGACAAAUUCAUUCAGUGGCUACUAGCCAUAGUGAUUAAAGGGAGCCUCAAAAUUCAUAGGCAGUAAACCUCUUGAAUACCAGUUUUUGGGGAAGCCCUUGGCCUUUUUACCCUUUUGUUAGUCUUCCAGAGUGACUGUUUGGCAAAUGUGUGAAGCAAGAUGCUGACUAGAUAGAAUACUGGUCUGACCCAGCAGUACUACUCUUGCAUUCUUAGGGGAUCUCAUUGAAUCGUUAGCUAUGCUUUAUCUGGAGAUCCCUUAGUAGCAAAAAUGCUUGUCUAAGGACUUCCAAUAAAUGUUUUUUCCUGAGGUCUGGCAGGCCCUAGAGAACUUAACAAAGUUAUGGAUGCACUUUUCUUGCAGUUGCUAAAUUGUGGAAGUGUGCACCCAUGGUACCUGAAAGGACGCCCCCCGAUAGCCACUGAAGUGGUAUGUGUGUGUGUGGGGGCGGGGCGGGGGGAUUGACAGAAGGACUAACGCAUUCCCUCUUCCUGGGAUUCUUCUCAAAGUUUGUGAAUUUCCAACAGAGGAUCUUUGGAGUAAACCUGAAAUGGAAUGAAGCUGGGGAAAUCUAAUAAUCCCUGCUUUUCAUUCAGACUUUGGUACAAAAAUGCCACCUUAAAGCAAGCCACCUUCAUAUCUUUUGAAGACGUUGCCUUUCUUUGUAGAGUGAUGUGAAACUCCACUUGCCUGUAUAUAUAGGCAUUCUUGUUGUUCGCAGACACAUAGUCGCAUUGCUUACACAGUGUAUGGAGAAAACCAUCUCUUCAGAAAGCUGUGUAGAUUAAUUGAUGUCAUUCAGAUCAUCAACUGAUUUUUUGUGGUGUUUUGUUAUUUGUGCAUAGUAAUAUAGGUACAAGAACAUCCACCAUUAGUUAUCCAUUAUCAAGGGUUGGAAUUUAAAGGUGGAGUGACCAACCUACAUUUAUCACAUCCUCUUCAAGCCAGGAAUGUAUAACAUACUGAUGCCCUUGGAAGGCACUGAUAUACUAAAACCUACUGCAAAUCCAGAUGUUCCUGUCUGUUUGAGACCUGAUAAGAGAGCUGUCCUUGUUGGGAUAUCAGCUAGUUCUACUCAUUUGUGUUCCCUUUGUUCAUGUAUGGAGGUGAUGCUGCUGCUAUUUUUAGAAUUUUGCUUCAGCCAAAGAUAGCAUCAUAUCCAUACAUAUUGUUAGUAGCCAUGUAUGACACAGCUGGUCUGUUUGCUGUUUAAAAGGCUUCCAGCAAUGGGGAAGUUUUGCUGCAAGACAAAACGUGGCGAGCCACAUGUUGCCCACCCUGGCAGUAAUUAUUGAUGGCACUUUAGCUUCCAGUCCUGUGGGAUUUUCCCCAGUUGUCUAAGUUCAGCUGAAAUGGGCCCAUCUGAAUAUUCGUGGAUUUUUCCUACUUAAAAUAAUUUUUAGGAACAUUUUGGGCUCUCCCUUGUUUCUUUUUCGUUUUACACUUUUGUAAUUUGUAAUUCUGUUUUCCAAAAUAUGUUUGAAUAAGUUUUUAUCAGUUGUUCACCGAUACUGAAUUAAUCCUUCCAGUCUUCCUUUUCCUGUCCUAUACUGACCUUAACUGCUGAUUUAUAUACACUGCCAUCAACUUUCCUUUUCUAAAAAGAAUGUAUUCAGAGAUUUUUAUUUUGUAUUGCAGCUCUUGCAGGUUUUAAACAAAUACAAUUUUUGUACUGAUUAUACAAAA